AAGAGGUCGAGUUUCAAGACGGAGGGUCAUGUGAUGCUGUGCACGCCGGGACGAGCGUCUUUCUUCACGCCAACUGCAUGAACGCUUUGAGGGUCGUGCGCCCUCUCUGCUCUACUUCUCUCCAUCGUACUCGAUCUCUGGCUUCAAAGGCUGCGCGCAGAACGAAAAGGGCAAAAAGACGCGGCAGGAUCAUGAAAAUCGCAAUCGAGGGCUGCUGCCACGGAGAGCUAGAGGAGAUAUACAAGCAAGUCGCGCUCCGCGAACAGCGCGAUAAAUGCAAGGUCGACCUUCUCCUCAUAUGCGGUGACUUCCAGGCCGUGCGCAACUAUAGCGACCUGCAGUGCAUGGCGGUCCCUCCCAAAUAUCGCAAGCUGCAAAACUUUCACAAAUACUAUACUGGAGAGGAGACGGCACCUGUGCUCACCAUCGUCAUUGGCGGAAACCACGAAGCAUCCAACUAUUUCUGGGAACUUUACCAUGGAGGGUGGCUAGCGCCCAAUAUAUACUUCCUGGGCUACGCCGGUUGCGUACAGGUUGAUGGUAUCCGCAUCGCAGGAUCGUCUGGGAUCUUCUCAUCUCAUGACUUUAAACUAGGUCAUUUUGAGAGAGUGCCUUACACCCCUUCGAUGAUCAGGAGCGUCUAUCAUGUGCGGGAGUUCAACAUCCGCCGAUUGUCGUUGCUUUCCUCGCCAAACAUCUUCCUGUCCCACGACUGGCCGCAAGGAGUAGAGCACCACGGCGAUCUCCAAGGUUUACUGCGACAAAAAGCCUGGUUCCGCGACGACAUCGCAAAAGGAGCAUUGGGCUCGCCCCCGAUGAUGGGCCUCCUUCGAACUAUCAAGCCCAACUGGUGGUUCUCCGCGCAUCUCCACUGCCGCUUCGAAGCGCGUGUCGUGCACGAUGACGGUCCGCAAGACACGCGAGCAGAGGACUCCACGUCUGCGGCUGCGCCGAAGGUCGCGAAUCCCGAUGAGAUUGCCAUCGGCGAUGAGGAUCUGGAGGAACCACCAUCGGCGGAGCAGCAGGCACAGGCACACGCGGAGGAUGAGGUGAAGAGUACGGUGGAGCAAGUUGGAUGUACAGCGGCGCCUCUUAAUCCUGAUGAGAUCAUGCUUGAUGAUGAGGUGGGUGACGUGGAGGCGCCUCCACCGCCACCCCCGCCUGUUCCUAGAAGGGAGACGCGGUUCAUAGCACUGGAUAAGUGCCUGCCAAGGAGGCGCUUCCUGGAGAUUAUUGACGUGGAGGCACCCAAUAGGACCACACGACCUGCAGGCUCCAAGCCUGUCCUACAGUUUGAUCCCGAGUGGCUAGCCAUUACACGCGCCUUCCACCGCUACAUGCCGCUCACCAUAGCACAGUCCAAAUACCCUGAUGAGCAAGAGGCACGCCGCGCGGUGCAGGAAGAGCUGCAGUGGGUGACGGAGCAUGCCCUCGGGCAGAAGCAUAUCGAGAAGGUCGGGGACUGCCAGAAGUUCGCGAUGGUCGCCCCGGGCCCAAAGAAGCAGGAUGAUCAUAUCCAGCGACAACCACCUCACUAUUCGAACCCCCAGACACAAGCUUUCUGUUCGAUGCUAGAGAUCGACAAUAAGAUCGAUCCGCCAUGAACGGCUUUGCGAGAGUCGUCAGGCUCCAUUCCAGUUACGGCGGCACCACUCGAGGAAUCGAUCCAUUGUAUUUCUACUGCGCGCCAGUGCCUCGACGUGACCCUUAUAUCCGACUUGCUCUGGGAUCGCUGGAACCUUAUCGUAGCUUGCUGCUGUCCUCUGUACUCUGCGUAUCUCGAGAACGAUUUAGCAUUCCUUCGUCUGAUUACUCUCAUUAUGAUGCUCGCAGAGCCCUGAGCGAAGCGAUCGAACCGCGCGAAGGAUGAGAAAUGUGUCCUGAGACAAUCGGCUCCGUC